UUAUGUGAAUCCAAACCGCGUCUACCUCUCAGGUAAAGAAAGUGAAAGCAGGUAGAGUGGAGGUGAUUACCCCGCGGGGGGAGGGCUGGCCGCCUGGCAGAUCAUUUUCUACCUGAGCUCCAGAGGUGGGUGUCAUCCAACGGGACGAGAUGUCGCAGGUGACGGACAAACCGACCGAAACCCCCGACGAGGACAGAGCGUCCAUCAAGAGCAACGAGAAGACGCCGACCAGGCUGCGGUCGUUCAGAGAGAGCAUCCGGCGAGUGGCCGAGAAGAGCCCGCUGUCGUCCGGAGGCAAGAGGUCAAAGGUCACAGCCAAAGCAGACGCCGAGUCUGGCUCGCAGCCGCCUCCGUCGCCCAGUCUGAGCUCCGGCUCUCCGGUGACGUCUCCGCUGAAGAACAUCGGAGGCCUCUUCCAGAAAAAAGAGGCCGACGAGGCCGAUGGUGCUCUGCAGAAAAGUAAAGGUCUGACACGUUCAAAGACAGAUCCCAACAUGGCCGGCUUCGGUAACUCUGCCUUGACAAGAGCACAGUCCAUUCGUCGAAGCCUGAAACUGGCCACUAAGAAGGACAAAGGUAAAAGCGCCAGAGUGGAGCCACUCGUCCCCGUCUCCGAAGGCUCAGUGGAGGAGAAGAAGGAGGACAAAGAGGAGGAAGAGGAGGUGUUGGAGGAGAUCGAGGAGGCUUACAUCCUACCAGAAAUCCCACACACACCGCUGUCAGUGAUGCAGAUCAAUAAGCUGAUAGAGAUGGAGGUGCUGGAGGAGGCUCACCUGAACCUGCUCGCCCUGCGGCUGGAGUUCCAGCAGGAGCGGGAACGGUGCGGUGAGGACUCGCCCAUGGAGCUGGCCAAGAAGGAAAAAGACCUCAGCCUCCUCUAUGGAGACCUGAGGAACAAGGUGAACUCCAUUGUGCGCGACUCCAACUCCCUUCCGUCCAGAAACAAGGCGCUGCUGGUUCCCGUGGCCCGCAUCAUCCAAGAGGAGGAGAGGAGAGCCGAGGAACCGGGCGGGCUUCCAGGCAGCUGGAUGGAGGCCUGGAGGGAGGCGGUGGGCGAAGGGGUGCAGGUGAAGGUGGAGAGCGUUCACCUGGAGCCCAGGGAGCAGAACGCCUCCUGGUUGGCUGUUCAUCUGGGUCUGCUGGGUAAGGCCAUCGUGGAGGACUUGGAGAAGGUGAAGCGGGAGCUGCGGUGGUCGUACCCUCCCAGCUUUAAAGUCUUCAGCGCCUACGUGAGGAGUUACCACAGAGUUGUGGGGCGGCACCUGAAGAAGCUGGAGGUGCAGGUGACGGAGCUGAAGGAUCUGUUCGCUCUGCUGGACUGGAUCAUCAACCGCUACAAGAGUGAGAGGAUCAUGGGAAGCCCGUCCCUGCAGCCGGACAUGGAGGACGAGAGCACUGAGCUGCAGGUGGAGGACGACCUCCUGAAGCAGCUGAAAGACAAGUACUGCCGCAGGGUGAAGGAGGACAUGAGAUCGUCACUGGACAGAAUCAUUGAACUUGAAAAUGAGGACGUUUGGAGCGACCACAAGCCUCCAGAGAAGGAGGAGGACUUCCUCGACUCACAGAUUCACAUGGACAUCUGGACGAAAGUGAAGGGACAUGUUGUGAACUCUCGAGACAUUGAUGCUCAUCUGGAACAGAAAGUGAUCUCCUCCUGCCUCCAAGAGCUGAAACAGUUCCCCAAAACAUUUGAGACGGGCUUCAGGCGUCACUGCAGCGCCCCCAGCCCACAGCCUUUUUGGACUGAGUAUCACAUAACCUACAUCAACAGCUUUGCUGCUUUACAGCAGCACAUGGAGGGAUACCGGACCUCUUGUCCGAAUGAGGUGGAGGGAUUCAGAAAAGAGGUGAAGUGGCUGAUUGUCAGGCUCAUGCAGGACCUGGAGGAGCAGUUCAAAGAGGAUGUCAAGCUGUACCUGCGGAGAAUGAUGACGAGGAAGUGGCUCACCAACGACGACGACUUUAAGCAGCUUCAGAGUCGCACUCAGCUGCUUUCUCAGCACUGCUCCCUCGUGAGGCCUCCACACAGCCAGGAGUUCGCGAGCCGACUGCACUACCACGUGGUGAAGGAAUACAUCGGACAGCUGAUGAAGAGUAACUACUCGUGCAAGAACCGGAAACACGAGAAGGCGGCGGCGAAGAUCCGUGAGCAGUGGGGUGAACUCAGCGAUCUGUUUGAGGACAUGAAUUCGACCCACGAGUGGCUCAACCCUGCAGGCUACGACCUGUGCAACAUCAUCACUCAGAGAAACAAGAGUGACAUAAAGAACCAUCUGCAGCCGUUAGUGGAGCACUACCCAGACUUCAGCAAGAAGCACCUGGUUGCUGUUCUGUAUUUCAGAGGCCUGCUGAGAGGCCGCGAACACCAGCUGAUCCUCCAGAGGCUCACGGAGCUGAAGAAGAAACAGGGCGGCGGCGGCGGCAACAAGAGCCAGGUUUUAUUUGGUGACAUGCAGGUCGCCGUCAACACCGACUGCUUGUCCAAUCUGCCUUUCUCCUGCUUCAGCUUCCUGCUGCCCGACAACUAGUCCAACAAGGUGGACGAGGCGCUGAGUGGAGGAAAAGUGAAGUUCAAGAAGGUGGUGUUAUACAGUUACAGUUUUUCUCAGGUGUUUGGACACAUUGCACACAAACUAAGGUCCUCGCUCUCAAACACAGCCACUUAAACUCAAGCAGACUGUGCGUUUUGCACACCGUCAGGUAUACCUUCGUCAUUUUGCUUUCAUAAAAUUAAUUAAAAAAACUUGUUGCCUUCAAAAUAUUCUUUAUGGCUCUUUAGCUCCUGUGGAAAUGCUUGUUAAUGUGUCACUGAGGUCAAAUUUCUGCAGAAAUCUUCUGUUAUUGUCAACAAAUCCUCCAAAAGUCCACAACGCUCCUCAUGUGAGGACCACUCGUACGAACAGAUCCGUUCUGAAGCAGCACAUGUGAGCAAUUUCAGCAUCAUUUCUGGCACAAAUCAAUUUUCUCACACUGAGGAUUUUCUUUACAGCACGAAUGAAAUUCAGGAGUGGUUGAGAUCUGUCGAGGGAGCCGUGAGCAGAGUCAAAGAACAUGAAUCCAAUCUGAGAGCUAAAUCACUUCAUCUGAAUAAACUAACAUGAAAUAUAUGACCAAAACAAACGUAAUGCAAAAUUAUAUUCUAUCCAUCACAUCACCACCAUGUCUGGCCCACUUAUCCAUCAUUUUCAAUUCUCUGUGGACGGAGGCAUUAUGUUUCAGGUUGUCUGUCUCAUUCUGGAGAGAAUUUAAUCACAUCGGGUACAAACGUCCACGUGGACUCAAGGAUGAACUGAGAAUUUGGUGAGGUCAAAGGUUACAGGUGAUCUCACAAAUCCGGUUUUUGGCUUUAUCUCAAGAAUUAAUUUGCUAAUUCCGACAAAAUUUCACACUAAUGUCUCUGAGGAUGAAAUGAUGGAGUGAAGACGUUUUAUAUUGAACAGGUCAAAGGUCACCUUCACUGUGACAUCACAACGUUCUGCAAAAAAAACUUUUCUGCACAUUAUUUAACGCCUUGCGUGAGUAAUGUUUGAUAAAAGCUGCAGUUUCCAGCUGUUUAUUUACGUCUCCAGUAAGAAGUCAGAGCAGCGUAUGGAGAGACAGACUAACACAACAUCUGUUUUAGUCUUUUCAUGGGUUUUGGUGACAAAAAGUAAAGAAACGCGCCAGCUUUGUAAUUUAUAUGAAGCUUAAAUGAAAUUCAUUAAACGAAAAACGUAUCUCAUGACAUAAGACUGCGACCCAACAGAUGAGUGAACUUACUUCUGUUCUUCUAAAAGCAAAAAAGUUAGCUCAAGUGUUCAUUAACGUCUCCUCCAGCACGCAAAUGUAGAAACGCCUCACAUGUUAUCACUUAGAAAACAUAUUAAAUGUGACGCAUGCAGUGUGUUACAUGUGUGGGUGUUUCCAGCAUUGUGAGGAAUUACAGAGAUGUUUUCCGGGAAAGGAAACAUUUACCAGCUAAUCUGGAUAAAACUCAAAGUUUGGGGGGGGAGGUAAAAACAUUGUGAAACAUUGUGUGGAAGGAUGUGAGGCUCUCCGCAGAUGGAAAAAACAAAAGGCAGGUUUCAGCAUCAGUUUGCUCUGAGGAGGCUUCAGAUCAGCAAACAGAAACUGAAAGAAGCUGAAACUCUUUGUGUGCUGAUGGAGGAACUGAGCCGAGCAGAUGGUAAAUUUACUGCGUGUGAGCCGUUUGAACUGCCCUCGGGCUUAAUAUGAGAGGGUUGUUGUGAAACGUGUUUUUUUAUUGCCAGUCUGUUAAAUCUCUGGUUCAGAUGACUUUGUAUGAUCAUAGAUGCAGAAAACUGAAAAUUUUCAUGUGAUUUUCUUUGCACUUUUUAUGCACUGCUUCAAUCAGUGAGUUUUCCUUUUUCUGUAAGUUGUUUGUUGUCAGCUGGGAGAACUGGAGCAUGUGCAGAAUAUAUACUGUAUAUUCAUAUAUUUAGCAUCUCAGGAUGCUUUUUCAGGGCUUUACAACUUGUUUUAGGCAUGAAGUUCUCAUGACGCUUGGAGUUUAAAUAUGAAAUGUUUCUGUUUGAUUUUCAGAUAUGCAACAGCAGCCCAGAGGUGUUAAUACACAGAAAUGUCAAGCUUAUUUAAUGUUUUUUAAUAAAAUAUAUUA